AUGGUACAGACGAAGGCAAACUGUCGGAUCAUCAUCUACUCGUCGACACUGGUGCUGCUGGUGUUCCUGCAGCAAGUCUACACCUUCUGCCCCUCGAUAUGUACCUGCGAGGGCGACCCGAACGUGCGCACCUGGUGCAUAGGGGUUGGGCUGGACGUCGUGCCGAUCCAGCUCAACCCGGACGUGCGGUUCAUCAACCUCACCGCGAAUCAGAUCACGCACGUGCACUUUACGCUCACUUUCUACUACAAACUCGAGGUGCUCGAUCUGUCGAUGAACCGGAUCGAGGCGCUCGGUUCGCGGAACUUCGACACGCAGGCGAACCUUCGGACGCUCAACCUGAGCGAGAACGCUAUCGCUACCAUCCCGAAGGAUGCCUUCCGGGGGCUGAAGCGGCUCCAAGUGCUCAAGCUCUGCCGUAAUCGUAUCGAGACGGUCAAUGCGGCCGCCUUCCACGAUCUACGUAAUCUCAUCGAGCUGGACCUGUCCGGAAAUGCACUGACCAGCCUCGAGCCGGGCACUCUUCGACAUCUCUACUCGCUCGAGGUGCUGUCGUUCCAGAACAACCAGCUGCUCGAGGUUCCGUACGAGCGUAACCUGGAGCAUCUCGGCCGGCUACAGUUGCUUGACCUUUCGGUCAAUCUGCUCAAGUACGUGGCGAACGAUAGCUUCGUCGGGUUGCGCGAACUACGCACCCUCAAGCUCGGUGGAAACGUGCUAAACGAGCUGGAUUUCGGCGCAUUUCACGGUCUCAAUGGACUGCGGGCGCUCGAUAUCGUAGACAAUAAUCUAACUGUUGUGCCAACACUGCAAUUAUCAAAAUUGUGUAAUUUAACAUAUUUAUCACUGAGUGGAAACUACUUCGAGGAUCUGCCGGCGGUGGCGUUUCUGAACCUGUUCCAGCUGCAGCAGCUCCAUCUGGACCGGUUGGAUCAGUUGGCAUGGAUCGAUGCGAGGGCGUUCGCGGACAAUACGAACCUGCGGAUUCUCACCCUGGACGAUAAUCCAUCAUUUACGAGCUUACCGCUGCGGCUGUUCCACAGCAACCCGAACCUGGUCGAGAUUUCGAUGCGCCGCAACGCGCUGAUCCGCCUGGACGCGAUCCACUUCCCGCUCGACCGGUUGCACCGCCUGGAGCUGGCCGGCAACCCGCUCGUCUGCAACUGCUCGCUGCUGUGGCUCUGGCGGCUUACGACCGGCUACGGGCUGCACGAGUCCUCCGACUUCCGGUUGAUCGUGCCAGCGGCGGCGGCUGCCGCGGCUCUCAUCACCUCGGCCCAGCCCCCCGAGCCGGAGAGUGAGCCGCUCCCGGCGGCGCCCCGGGGCCUACGGAUCGAUCGGGACGAGAUCGGGUGCGACCGGUACGAGGACGGGCGGAGGACGAGGCACCUGCUGCGGGCCAUGACCGAGAGCGACAUCGACUGCCCGACGCACCUGGUCACCGUCAUCAGUGCCGUCCUCAGCGUCCUGCUCGUCCUGGCGACGGGCGCGAGCGUGCUGUACGUGUUGCGGGCUUCGAGGCGCCGCAAACAGCUGCUCGCCGACGACGAUGACCCGCGGCGUAAGGCGGGCGUCACCGAGCUGAUCGUGCCGCACCCGCAGAAGGUGGACCGGCUCGAGCUGGAACGUUAUCUCGCCCAGCAGCAGUCACUCGUCAACGAGUACCGAGCGUUGCGGGCGCCCUGGGAGUUACCGCUGCCGGUCAAGGAGGACCUCAAG